CACAUGUCAAUUGUCUAAUGACUUUUUCUUCUGAACAUUGGAGCAUUACGCGAAACACGAGAAUAUUACAAAGAGAUUUUCAAUUCUGAAAAUAUUUUAAUUACUUUUAAAUUAAAAGUGAACAAAAUUAAAACUUUUACCACAAUGGACCAGCUAUCACGAAGUGACGCAAUCGCUGUUCUUGUACGUGUUACGAUUGGUGCAGCUGUAGCAUUUUAUUCAUUAAAAUGGUUAAUGAAUCAAAUGGAUCCAACAAUCCAAAGUAAAAAGAAAGCCCGUACCAAAGCAGAAUGUUUAAUCAAACGCAUUACGGAAACGGACAAAAGCCUGAAAAUUGAUACAUCCACUUUGUCCGAUUACGAGCUGGUGAUUGCGUCACAUUUGGUUGUACCCGAAGAUAUCAAUGUCAGUUGGUCCGAUAUAGCUGGCCUAGAUUCAGUGAUUCAAGAGCUGCGAGAAAAUGUUGUAUUACCAAUUCGCCAUCGACAUUUGUACUCAUCUUCACAACUGUGGAAGGCUCCAUCGGGUGUACUCUUACACGGACCACCUGGAUGUGGAAAAACAUUGAUUGCAAAGGCAACCGCAAAGGAAGCAGGAAUGCGUUUUAUAAAUUUGGAUAUUGCAAUGCUCACCGAUAAAUGGUACGGAGAAUCUCAAAAGCUUGCUUCAGCUGUAUUCUCUCUGGCAACAAAGUUGCAGCCAUGCAUCAUUUUUAUCGAUGAAAUUGACUCAUUUUUGCGCUCACGAAGUUCACACGAUCAUGAAGCUACAGCAAUGAUGAAAACUCAAUUUAUGAUGCUGUGGGAUGGACUGGCAACUACACCAGGCGCAACAAUUAUUGUUAUGGGGGCCACUAAUCGCCCCAAAGAUUUGGAUCGAGCCAUUUUGCGUCGAAUGCCAGCACAAUUUGUCAUUGGUUCACCAGAUGUGGAACAAAGAAGAAAAAUUCUACAGCUUGUACUCGAACAAGAGAGUACAGCCCAAGAUGUUGACUUGAAUCGAUUGGCAAAACUUACCGUUAAUUUUUCGGGAUCCGAUUUACGUGAAUUGUGCAGAAAUGCAUCCGUUUAUCGUUUAAGGGAAUAUGUUCGCAAUAACGAUACACCAUCUUCGUCACGAGAGGACAAUAAUUCCACAAAGCUUGAGAAUCCGCCGCCAAUUUCAAUGCAACAUCUCGUUGACUCAUUUGGUAAAAUGAAAGAGUCAAAAAUGCACACCGGAAUGCUUGGCGAACAUCGCAUUGAUUUAGAUUAAUAUAGUUGGUAUAUUAAGAUCUCAGACCGUUUUACUAAUUUUAAAUUAUUUUACUGAAAUGUGUAUGAAAACAAAAACAAACAAUUUAAAAGGGAAAAGUAAAAAAAGAUGUAGAACAUAGCAUAUAUGUUGUUAAAAGGAAAUUAAAUAAAUUUGUCAAAGGCAUUGUCAAAGGCAA